CAGUUGGCUUCAGUACAUCAGGCAUCGCGUUGGCGGUAUCACGGAAUUCUCCGGGACACAUUGAUGAAAUAUUCAUCACAGAAAAAAUCAAUCUCCUGUGUUUGAAGUAUUAUUUGGUGAUUAGUUUUAUUGGCAAAGUUUGGUGAGCCAACAUAGGGCGUGAUACAUUCUGUGAAAUAUUGGAAAUAGACAUGGAAGUGAUGGAGACGCAUGACAAUGACGUCAGCCCACAAGACAAUGACGUGAGAGAGGAAGUUUUAGAGGAUGGAGAUAAUGAUGAUGAUGAUGAACCUAAGUAUGAAGAGGAGCAGGAUGUCAAGGAGGAGGUGGAUGUUAAAGUGGAUCCAACAAGCACGGUAUUGGAUGAGAAUGGAGCAACUGUUGAAGAGACAUAUGAAAUCACCACCACCAGACGUAAAACCACUACUACGAGGUACAAGAUUCAAGAAACAUCGGCGUCCCACAAAAAAAGCACCAUGACGACGGCUGCCAAGCUGUAUGGAAAGGACCUGAGUGAUUAUGAUGAUGUUGAUGUCGAUGAGUUGCUGUCACAGCUCACGCCAGAGGAAAUCAAUAUGUUAGCCAAAGAAGUUGAUCCAGAUGAUAGUUUUAUGCCACCAUCGCAACGUUGUAGUUACGAGUGUGACAAGAGCCCAACGGGUCCUCUGAAUCGUAAAAAACUCAUUGAGCAUAUAAACAAACAGGCGCUAGAAACACCGGAUAUUCCAGAACUGAAGCCAUACGUACCUGGUGUUGUAAGAGGAAAAAAAUGGAUCCCACCCUCUCAAGACAACAUAAAGGAAAAACAGGCUGAUGAACAAAUUGCCAUUGAUCUUGGUGAAGAGUAUGAGCAGGCUCUCUCCUCAGCAACUCAGGAUGAGAUCAUUGAUUUGGCUGCCAUUCUUGGAUUUCAUUCGAUGAUGAAUCAAGAUCAAUAUCAUGCAUCCCUACUCAACACUGGCCAACCUGUUGGUCUUGGGUGGGAUGGUAUUACCAAAGCUAGCCAACCUAAAGUAUUUCCCAUGGAUCCACCUAAUGACACAGAUGUCGAUGCUUCGAUCAAACAAGUUCGUGAAGAUGAUCGUGAGCUUGUUGAUCUCAAUUUGAACAACAUUAAAAAUAUCUCAGAGGAAAAGUUCAUUCAACUGUUCGAAGCACUGGAGGGGAAUACACACUUGGAAGCACUUAGUUUAACGAACGUUGGUUUAACUGACAGAACGGCCAUGAGACUGGCCGAAGCGAUGGAGAAAAACUCGACUCUUAGAGUGCUCAAUGUGGAAACAAAUUUCAUUAGCCCAACAGUGAUGGUGAGACUCAUCAGAGCUCUCCUGAAUACAAAAUCCAUUGAAGAAUUCCGUUGUUCAAAUCAGAGAUCACAGGUGCUGGGUAAUAAAAUUGAGAUGGAAAUAACACACUUGGUUGAACAGAAUCCCACCCUUUUGCGAUUGGGUCUCCAUCUCGAGUUCAAUGAUGCCAGACAUCGCGUUGCAGCUCAUCUGCAGCGUAAUAUUGACAGGAUCUGCCGCAUAGAAGCAUUGGCACGUGCGAAGACAAUUGCAAUUGGCUCUGGUCCUGGAGGUUUUUCGGUUGUCCCAGCAGAAACCCCAAUUACGCCUCAAAGUGCUUAAUUAUUCUUUUUAUAGCCACUCAUCAUACGGCAGUCCCGGCUCGGGGUGGCAACAUCUUAAUCCGGCAGUUGACGUUUUUCCAGAUUGUCUGCUUCGAACAAGAAAGUUAUCUUGCAACUCCGUUAUUGAGCUAGGAAGUGACGAUCGAACAUUGGAAUCAUAUGGAUGCUAUUAGAGGAAGCCUCAAGACCAUUGAAAUGUGUCGAGUCACAUCGUUUAAUUCAUCGAAACUAUUUCAACAGGAGAAUUAGCCGAAUAAUAUUCUUAGAUUAUUCGACAAGUUUUCAGAGCUUAAACUGUUUCACAGGCUUUGCUUCAAUUGCAUUAUUGAAUUUUAAUGAAUUGUUUUACUAUUAUUGACAAAACCAUUUGGUGAUCUUUCUUUCAACGAUCAAAGGGGUUUCAGAAUAUUAUAAAUUGAUUUUAUUUGCAACUGCAUCAGUGUGAAAAAUAUCUGAAAAAUAGCGUCCAACCGCAGAUUCAUCAAGCGCAGUCGAUUCACAAUUUAGUUCGUUUUUUUUUUUCAAUCCUUUACUGGCCGAUCGUGAAUGUGGAAACACAUCCAUCAUGAGAGUUUGAUAUUGAACUGACGGCGAUAAGCCUGCUAUUGCACGUAAAAAAUAGAAGAAUGAAAAAUUUUUAUGCACCUGUUAUUUUUUGUUCCCUAAAAAGACAAAUUGUUUUUAAGUAGAAUGACUUUACGAUAGCUUUGCACUGACGUUUUGCCGGGAUUAUAGCACCGGGUUUAAUGAUAUUUUUAUCACCAGGGUUUUUAAUGCAUCCAGACGUCUACGGAAUUCAGUAUAGUCGUUGAUUUUUUACACUUGAGUCGUUUUUUUAUUAUUCGUGCGCGAAAAAAUUCAUUGAACGCCAUAGAGAAUUUGCGAUAAAUAUCUAUUGGGUUUCUUUGCUGAGAUUUUUUUUAUAGCUAUUCCUCGGCUUACAUGUCGCUGGAAUUGUGCGUUUAAUUUUUUUAAUAAAGGCAGGAAAAAAAUAUAAUAAAGGCGGGAGAAAAAAGGAAAGUUCGUGUCGAUCCAUGGCUUUAGAGACCCUUUGGACUAGAAAAAUGAAAUUCUUCUGUCUUGUGUCAAAUAGUUUCAACUCGCUCUUUCUAGUGAAAACAAUGGGCACUAAAUAUUUAUAAUUAUUCUUCACCAUUGACUAAAAAUUAAGAAAAGCUUCAAUGGAAAUCCAAUAGAAUUCUCUAGGUUUUUUAAUGAUUUUGUUUUUCAUUCGCAUUGACAAGUAACACUCGAAACUCCUUCAAUUAUCUUUGGAAUUCAAACAUGAUAAAUCAUAUGAUUGUUGAAUAAAAUAUUGAGGCAUUUUCAUUGUCGGAAAAAAGGUCAACCCCACGAGAUCAAUCUGCCUAAUUUUAUUUACGUUUACAGUUACAGUAAUGAUUAUAAUAUAUUUAACCACUAAAUCUUAUAAUUAAUAUUCGAAUGAAUAAAUUUUAAAAGAAU